AAGACUACAGGAGGGCGGUGGAAUCUUCUAGAAGAGUUGGGAGAUGAACUAAGGAUGUCAUCACUACAAGGUGGAAAAGCCAAGGUGAAAUGUGUGAAGGGUGUGUGGUCAAAGAGAAAGACAGACAACAGCAUUACAGGAUUCAGCAUGAACUAGGCAACACCAGAGCCAUGCAGCAGCAACACAGUGAUGUCAGAGAAGAGCCCUUCUGCCUGAUGGGCUUCAUGGGGAACCCAGGAUCCUGGGAGGCAGAGCCCACAGUUAGCCACACCAAGCAGGAUUGGACUUGGGACCACAUUGUCUCCAUCUAGCUGGAAUUGUGUGACAAGUUGCAGAGGCCCCAGAAAGUUGAGACUCGGACAUCUGACCAUGAGGACCUGGUGGCUGCUGCUUGCCCUGGGAGUCUGCACAGGGGCCAUGAGCUCCCAAGACACAUGCAGGCAAGGCCACUCUGGCAUUCCCGGGAAUCCCGGCCACAACGGUCUGCCCGGAAGAGAUGGACGUGAUGGAGCAAAGGGGGACAAAGGGGACGCAGGAGAACCAGGCCGUCCCGGAGGCCCAGGGAAGGAUGGCAUGAGUGGUGAGAAGGGAGAACGAGGGGCAGAUGGAAAAGUCGAAGCUAAAGGCAUCAAAGGUGACCCCGGCUCCAGAGGACCCCCAGGCAAACAUGGGCCAAAGGGAUCUGUGGGUCCCACAGGAGAGCGAGGGCUCCAAGGCGAGAUGGGCCCUCAAGGGCAGAAGGGGGACAAAGGUGACGUGGGCUCCCCAGGCCCCCGAGGUCUGACAGGCAGCACCGGACCUUUGGGCCCCACUGGCUUAACUGGCCCCAUGGGCCCCAUCGGCAAGCCAGGUCCCAAGGGAGAAGCAGGACCCAUAGGACCCCAGGGUGAGCCCGGGGUCCGAGGAAUAAGAGGCUGGAAAGGGGAUCGAGGAGAAAAAGGCAAAAUUGGUGAAAGUCCUGUUUUGCCAAAAAGCGCUUUCACGGUGGGGCUGACCGUGCUGAACAAGUUCCCUGCCUCGGACGCACCCAUUAAAUUCGACAAGAUCUUGUACAAUGAGUUCAACCACUACGACGUGGCCACGGGGAAGUUCACGUGCCACAUCGCCGGCACCUACUACUUCACCUACCACGUCACAGUCUUCUCCAGGAACGUGCAGGUCGCUUUGGUCAAAAAUGGGGUAAAAGUACUGCACACCAAGGAUGGGUACAUGAGCUCCGAGGACCAGGCCUCUGGCGGGACCGUCCUGCCGCUGAAGCUGGGGGACGAGGUGUGGCUGCAGGUGACAGGAGGAGAGAGGUUCAACGGCCUGUUUGCGGAUGAGGACGAUGACACCACGUUCACGGGCUUCCUGCUGUUCAGCAGCCCCUGAGCGAGGAGUCAACUGUAUUCCUCCUUCCAAGGACCGAGAUGAGCCGAAGAGAGUGCGCAUGCGCAGCUUCUCCUGAACUCGGUUCCCUGUAACUUGAAUCGUUCCAACAAUACAUUGUUAAAUAUUU